UGCCGGGCGUCUAGCAGAAAUAGCUGAGCCGGCAUUCGAAUACGUACUUGGAAAGUGUAACAAGUUAGUGCUCGAAAGUCAAAGUGCGUGCCAAACAUUAAUAGUUGAAGUAAAAGUAUCCUUGUUAUUAAAAAUUUGAUGUUACACAAGUUUCAUCUCGUUUUCUUUUCUUUGAAAAAUAAAAAUAAAAACAAAACAAAACAAAACAAAACAAAACAAAAAAAACUAUUAACGCGUGUUGCAAUCAUUAUACACAAUAAUUAAUGCGUGAGUCUGAACAAAGAGAUAUCAAAUCUUGCGCAUCGACAAUGUCACGUGACGCAAAGAGUCCUCGUUUAUUUCUGAAACGACAAUAAUGUACGUGAUAUUAAUGGCUUUACUGGUUUCUAUAUAUACAAAUACAUCAACGGUCAAGAGUGUUUGGAGAGUCAGUUAAAAGAAGCUUUCGUCACAGUUUCAUAAAAGCGUCUGCAAAAUCCGGACAUCAGCCUAGAUAGAUUGCGACCGCACAAAUCUCUCGCAAAUAUAUUAUUUAUUUACUUUUACCUCAAUUGAACAGAUAGCCGAAAGAAUCACGAGAUUUCAAAAAUAUCCCAGAACUUGUGUUUAUUCGUCUCACAUAUAAAAUUUGUUUAAAAAGAGAAUUAUAAAUUAAAAAAAAGAAAAACACAUUUGAAGAUAUCAGAUUCGCCGUGUUUAUUUUCAGCAUGUAAGUAUCGUAUGACAGUGUAAACGUCACUAGCGAAUGUUAGUUUAACAACGCAUCUUCUACGUAAUCGUGUGCACUAUAAUUUAUUCGCGAUUAAAAGAGCUGGUUAUUGCAAGAUUGCAAAUCAGAUCGGGAUUAUUUGCAAUAACGUGUACAAGACACACAGAUAAGAAUUUUCUUACUGUCAUCGUAUAAUCGCACACGUAAGAUAGUUCCAAUUUACGACGAACCAAAUGUGGAGGAAAAAGAAAUCAUUAGCAAAAUUUUGCGUGUAAGUCAAUGCAAUAAUAAAGUGAAAUUUUAUUGCAAGCAAAUCGUGCGUCCAAACAUAUCGCAAUCGCGACAAUCAACAGAGUUGACGCGCAAUGACGCUAAUGAUUUGUUAACGUAUCUAGUGCAAGGAGGAUUUCCUCAUACGCGUGCGAUAAGUGCGCGAAGCAAAUUCCCUCCAUAUGUGUUUUUCAUAAAAUGAUAGAGAUAAUGCAUUUUUUUUUUCUAAUCUAAUGAAGCGCGAUAUGAAACACAAAGUACUUGAGCUCGAUCGAGCGAUAAUGAAUUAAUUGAUCGGAAUGUCACUGGCUUUAUUCUCGUUUCUUUUCUCAAUAAGUAGGUCUGAAGAUAGUGAGAUGCAUAAAUUAAUUGAGAAGCACAAAAAUAUCAAGACGCGUAUCUUCUUAUUUGUUCAAAAUGUAAAUCACAAUUCUCCAGGCGCUUUUGAUUUUCAACGUCAAGUUGCUUUGCAGACGAUUCGAAUGUUUUCUUUACUGUUUCUCUGAAAAUAAAAUUUUCGUUGAAGUUUGGAAACGACGCGACCAGUUUACAUAUAUCUCUUUCCGUAUUGAACGUACCAAUUAUGACGCUCUUUCAGGUCAUUAUGCAUGACGCAUGUUGUUAUGUGUCGCACGCUCGGCGCGAUUAUACCGCUUUUUGCUUUUCUUUUCAUUGAUGACAGUUAACAUACUAGACAAGAAAUCAACGAGAAUGAUCGAGGCGAGCAACAGCACGAAAUGGAUCGACCAAUUUCUUUUGUUCCUCCAACGGUAUUACACGCCGAUUCUUGUACAUCUUGGUCUGCUGGGCAACUGUCUGUCGAUGUGCGUGUUCUUCGGCACGAAACUACGUUACGCCUCGUCUAGCAUUUACUUGGGCGCGCUAGCAACAAGCGAUAGCGGCUACUUGAUAGUAGUCUUCGUUUCCUGGCUCACUAUAGUGAAAAUAGAACUGUUCAAUCAGCCGGGCUAUUGCGAGUUCUUCACUUUCUUAGGCCACGUCUUUUCCUUUCUCAGUGUGUGGCUUGUGGUGGCCUUCACUGUCGAGCGAUACAUCGCCGUCAAGUGGCCGCUUCGUCGUAGGUCCUUGUGCACGGUCGCUCGAGCGAGGAUUGUGGUGAUCGGGUUAACAGCAUCGGCGAUUUUUCUAUGCAGCCCGGUAAUCCUGUUUUGUAAAUCGAACACCGUACGCAACAUGACUCGGUGCGACUUGGACAAGGACUGGGCGUUCUGGGCGAACAUUUACAACAUCAGUGACACCGUCAUAACGUUUGCCGUGCCACUGACUAUAAUAGUGAUCUUUAAUACUCUGAUAGCGCGCAACAUUUACAAGUCCGAUCACAUACGAAGAACUAUGACUAUCGAAUCCACCACCUCAAGCGACAAUCAGAAUCCUCGGGACAGGAUACCACAAACCAAAGUUACGAAAAUGCUCUUGAUUGUUUCGAGCGCGUUCUUUUGCUUCAACAUGCCUUCGUGCGUCUUCAGGCUGAUCGGGUUUCUUUACGACAGACAACACUUAACAUGGCUCUUUCGGGCGCAACAACUAAGCUAUCAGAUAUAUACCACGAGUUUUGGCAUAAACUUUGUUCUUUAUUGCGUAGGCGGGCGAAAUUUUCGCAACGCAAUGAUUCGCAUGUUCGUAAAGCAUUCAGAUAGAAGAAGAAACGGAACUCUUUUGCACAUGACUAAUCAUGGAAGAAGUUUUUCAGAUUCUACACGUAGAUACAGUUCGACAAAGCGACCGCAUUUCGAUGAACAACCGAAAGACGCUCAAGAAACACAAAAGCUCUCAACGACACCAGACGAAAAGCCUCCAAUAAACGAAUAAUACAAAAACAUUAAAUUUAUUGUGAAUAUUUAAGUGAACAAGUGUCACAAUAAUGCGUGUUACAAGUGAACAAUCAGAAAAUAUAUACGACACACCGUGACAGUAU